UUUUCCCUUGUGCUAUUGUCUUCGAUUGGCGCUGCUCGUAUUAGCUUUCUACAGUUGCAAUGGCAGUAGAGAUCAGGCUCUCUCGAACUAAUCGUAUCUACAGGCCUUCUGAACAUCUUCAAGGCCAAAUCAUCGUCAAUUCUCGUUCCUCGAUUUCCCACUAUGGGAUUAGCCUCCUUCUCAAUGGAUCCGUCAAUUUGCAGGUUCGUGGAGGAUCUGCGGGAGUUAUUGAGUCGGUUUACGGUGUCAUCAAGCCUCUUUCGAUAGUGAAUCGGAGCAUUGAGGUAAGACCAUCUGGAAAGCUUCCUUCAGGUACAACCGAGAUUCCAUUUUCCGUGAUUCUGAGACAGCCAAGUGAAAACUUGGGAAAAUUCUACGAGACUUUCCAUGGAACUGACAUAAACAUUCAGUAUUUAGUAACUGUAGGUAUAAGUAGAGGCUACCUACACAAGUCAUUAUCUGCCACGAUCGAGUUUAUAGUUGAAAGUGAUACAGCUGAUUUUCUCGAGCGGCCGUUGUCCUCUGAGAUGGUUAUCUUUUACAUCACUCAGGAUACGCAAAGGCAUCCACUACUUCCUGAAUUAAAAUCAGGUGGUUUUCGAGUGACUGGGAAAAUGGCAACUCUGUGCUCUCUUUCAGAUCCCAUCACUGGUGAAUUAACUGUUGAAGCAUCUGCAGUUCCCAUUAGUUCAAUUGACAUUCACUUGUGUCGUGUGGAAUCUGUUAUUCUUGGGGAGAGAAUCAUAACUGAAACCUCAGUGAUCCAAACUACCCAGAUAGCAGAUGGAGAUGUCUGUCGCAACAUUACUCUGCCCAUUUAUGCUAUACUACCCCGUCUUUUAACUUGCCCAACAGUCUUUGCGGGUCCAUUUUCAAUUGAAUUCAAAGUUUACAUCGUUAUAACCUUUCAAUCAGAGCUAUCAAAGUUACAUCCCAAGACUGAUCCAAGAACUCCAAGACUAUGGCUUGCCAUUGAAUCUCUCCCACUAGAGCUUCUUCGAUGUCGGUCAGACGAUUAGUUCAGCUUAUCAUGAUACUGUAUUUUAUAUAUGUCCAUUCAACAUUUGGGUUUGUAUCUGCUAUUUCUUUUGGAGGGAUGGGGGAGGGGGUUGAUUUUUUGUUUCUGUUUCUGUAAAAAAAAAAAAAAAACAACCAUGUUCAGUGUAUGUGUACUCAUUUGUACUAUAGAAUAGUGUUAUGUUGAUCUUUUCCCUUUCAAAUACGCGGAACUUUGUGUUAUUUUGUUCCCUGCUGAAUGCUAAUCCAUUGAUGGAUCAUUUGAUUUGUGAGCUUA